UAUUGUGAAAAGCGUGUAAUGGCGGCCUGUCUCCUGCAGUAGUGUGUACACAUGAGAAACACAGCCGUUUCGCUGCAUAUAUCUGCAGGAUUUCAGGAGUUUUAAAUUAUUCAUCAUCCAGCCGUCGACUGAAGUCUUUCCCCAGGAAUAUUAUUCACAAUAAUAAGCAUGUCUGUGUUUGGAGGAUUGUGGAGGAACGCUGUAAACUUCUGUCAGUCGUCGAGACUCUUCAGCACAGGCUCCUGUGCUCGAAUACGAAUGCAUGCCAUUCCCAAACUCAAAGAAGUGGACCGCUGGACGGAGAAGAGAAGCAUGUUUGGAGUUUACGACAACAUCGGCAUUCUGGGUGACUUUAAGGCUCACCCUAAAGACAUGAUCCGGGGUCCGGUCUGGGUGCGCGGCUUCAGAGGAAACGAGCUUCAGCGGCUGUUGAGGAAGAGGAAUAUGGUUGGAGACCGCAUGAUGACGGAGGACAGACACAACCUGCAGAAGAGGAUCAGUCACCUGUACCGCCGCUUCAACAGACACGGCAAACACAGAUAAAGAGAGAUAUAUACACACUCAUACAUGUUGAUGUGAAGCAGCACCGUCUGGAGGAAUGGCUUACAAAACACUGAGCUCAAGUUCUGUACGCUGAAUCGUGUUCAAAACAUUCACCACCAUACCUGUACUGAUACACACUCAUUCAUAAAUGUUCAUUAAACUGUAGGAAUUGGAGUAUAUUACAAGAGUUCUGUAUAUUAAAUUAUUUAUUAAAAUAAUCAAAUUAUUAGUCAUAAAAUACACCAAAAACACACUAUCUAUUUGUGUUUGUGGUGUAUUUUAUAACCAAUAUCGAACACACACUCAUGUUGUUUAUCUGGGGUCCGUUCUUCGUACGUGGAUUACUCAGUUAGCUGGAUUUGGUUAUUGACGAUUUGACACUAUACAGGAUCGUUUCGUUCUUCAAAACUCAUCUGAGACUUGUUGUCAUAGCAACAGUUCUGGUAGCUCAAACCUGCUCUGAAGCAGGCUUAUUUCAUAUAAACAGGAUUAGAUCGGGUCAUUUCGAGCAAAGAUAAUACUGAAAGUAUGUACUGAAUUCUGAUAUUUUCUUACAGUAGUAGUUAUAUACACUUGGAAAAAUAGUAAAUAUAUUUUUUAACUAUAUAUAAAAAGUAAAAAAAAUAUAUGUUAAUAAAACUUCUGCAAUCUCCACUACGAAAUAAAAGUACUAAGACUGCCACCUGCUGGUUCAAAGAGAAAAUUUACUGAUAUAAACUCAUAUGCACAAUAUUUAUGCAGUCAUGCACACGUUUUGACCGCUAACAUGACGGUAAUUUGAUGCUUUUCAAAAGUUGCAGACACCUUUACUAAUAUCAAAAAGCUUUUUUGAUGAAAAAUUAAUUCAUAGUUAUUCCUAACGCCAAUUAAAAAAGCUUGAGUGGGCCUAGGCUACUAUAAAGAAAAUCUUCUUUAAAUGUAGAACUACAUUGAUAUGCAUUGAAAUACAUGAGGAAUACUCUCGACACACGAAAGUGUAAAGCCUGCACACUCAAAACAAAUGUAGAAAGUUAUCGCGUGUCAUAUUUAGCAAACCGUUUACUGCGAAUUUGAUGUAAUUGCGCUCACAUGGAUAAUUGAAUAUUAAUCAGAUGAUGUCAUUAUGCUGCUGUUCCGUCAGCCAAUCGUUGCAUUGCUGAUCAUGAUAGAGCACAGGUGUCAAACUCAGUUCCUAAAGGGCCACAGCUCUGCACAGUUUAGCUCCAACCCUAAUCAUACACACCUGAUCAAACUAAUUGAGUCCUUCAGGCUUGUUUGAAACCUACAGGUAACUAUGAAUGUUAAGUGUGUUGAAGCAGGGUUGGAACUAAACUGUGCAGGGCUGCGGCCCUCCAGGAACUGAGUUGGACAUCCCUGUGAUAGAGGAUCGAUAGAUCUGACCUUCACAACACACGCAGCGAUCUCAGAUCAGUUCAUUCAGACAUUUUAAUCUGAUUUGCGAACUUGUUUGAAGAACCAAAUUAGCCCAAGAUCAGUUAUUAAGAUUAACAGAUCCAGGAUCUGCCAAAUUAAUCAUUUAAGUGAUGUACGAAGAACGGACCCCUGUUCACUAAACAGCACUGUCUGGAGGCCUGCAUUGAGCUUGAGUUCGGUACACUGAAUUAAAAAUGCUUAUCAAAAUAGUCAGAUCAAAAUAAUAGUCAUCGACUGCCUCAAAGGCUGUUUCUGACACAAUUGCAAAAAUUAUCUAGCCUCAUCCUUUUAUUUCCUAAUUCUGACACACACAAAAAUUGCAAGGUAUGAACAGCAUAAUUGAGGAGGAAGUCCUGAUACAGGAUGUGAACAGAUUCAGAAAUGUAAGGACUUUUCUUUUUUAAUCCUGUGUUGUACAAAACAAAAAGUCCCGCAGUGACUGACUUCAUGUUGGAGGUGUUGUUUCUGCUGUUCUGGGAUCAGUGAGAGAGUGAGUUUGGACUGGGGAAUCCACUGAACUGAGCUUCCGUCAUCACCGGCUGCUCCGACUCCAUCUGUGUGGAGCAAGCACACAUUAAAACCGAGGUGUUUCCAAAA